GCCAGGCCAGCCGGCGCCAUUUUGAAAGUAGAGUCGCCUGCCCCUGCCGCCGCCGCCGCCGUCCCUGUCGUAGCUGCCGCCGCCACUGCCGGAGAAGGAGAGAGAGCGGGGAAGCCCCAGAGUGAAAUCCACCAUCCUCCUGACUGGUCUGCCCGCCCCUCCUUCCUUCUUCCCCGACCCCCGCCCUCUCCCCCCACAGGUGCCAUCCGCCGCCAUCCGCCCUCCCUACCCCCCCAUCCCCAGGUGAGGGGGGUGAGUUCAGGAAGCGGCGACCCCGAGGAACCCAGCAGGGUCACCAUUUGCAGCGCAACAUGGCAGGAGCUGGAGGAGGGAAUGAUAUUCAGUGGUGUUUUUCUCAGGUGAAAGGAGCAGUAGAUGAUGACGUAGCAGAAGCAGAUAUAAUUUCUACGGUAGAAUUUAAUCAUUCUGGAGAAUUGCUAGCAACAGGAGAUAAAGGUGGUAGAGUCGUCAUCUUUCAGCAGGAGCAGGAGAACAAAAUCCAGUCUCAUAGCAGAGGAGAAUAUAAUGUUUACAGCACCUUUCAGAGCCAUGAACCAGAGUUUGACUACUUGAAAAGUUUAGAAAUAGAAGAAAAGAUCAACAAAAUUAGGUGGUUACCCCAGAAAAAUGCUGCUCAGUUUUUAUUGUCUACCAAUGAUAAAACAAUAAAAUUAUGGAAAAUCAGCGAAAGGGACAAAAGACCAGAAGGGUAUAACUUGAAAGAGGAGGAUGGAAGGUAUAGAGAUCCUACUACAGUCACUACACUACGAGUGCCAGUCUUUAGGCCCAUGGAUCUAAUGGUUGAGGCCAGUCCACGAAGAAUAUUUGCCAAUGCUCAUACAUAUCACAUCAACUCAAUUUCUAUUAAUAGUGAUUAUGAAACCUAUUUAUCUGCAGAUGAUUUACGGAUUAAUCUUUGGCAUCUGGAGAUUACAGACAGGAGUUUUAAUAUUGUGGAUAUCAAGCCUGCCAAUAUGGAAGAGCUAACAGAGGUGAUCACAGCAGCAGAAUUCCAUCCGAACAGCUGCAACACGUUUGUAUACAGCAGCAGUAAAGGAACUAUUCGGUUAUGUGACAUGAGGGCCUCUGCCCUCUGUGAUAGGCAUUCUAAACUGUUUGAAGAACCUGAAGAUCCCAGUAACAGGUCUUUUUUUUCUGAAAUCAUCUCCUCUAUUUCUGAUGUAAAAUUCAGCCAUAGUGGUCGAUAUAUGAUGACUAGAGACUAUUUGUCAGUCAAAAUUUGGGACUUAAAUAUGGAAAACAGGCCUGUGGAAACAUACCAGGUUCAUGAAUACCUCAGAAGUAAACUUUGUUCACUGUAUGAAAAUGACUGCAUAUUUGACAAAUUUGAAUGUUGUUGGAACGGAUCUGACAGUGUUGUCAUGACCGGAUCUUACAAUAAUUUCUUCAGAAUGUUUGACAGGAACACGAAGCGAGACAUAACCCUAGAAGCGUCGCGGGAAAACAAUAAACCUCGCACGGUUCUGAAGCCACGCAAAGUCUGUGCAAGUGGCAAGCGAAAGAAAGACGAAAUAAGCGUUGACAGCCUAGACUUCAACAAGAAAAUACUUCAUACGGCCUGGCACCCCAAGGAAAAUAUCAUUGCUGUAGCUACUACAAACAAUCUGUAUAUAUUUCAAGACAAAGUGAAUUAGGGUUGGCAUUCCCAGCCGAAGAGCCCACUUCCUGCUUAGUUGAGAUAGUUGAAUCUAGCAUUCGUACCUAAAAACGAGAGAGGUCCAUUGUGGCGCCCCUUUCCAGUGUUUGACAGUGUGCCAUUCGACAACACAUCUUUUAUAGCUACAUGGAGAAAUCUCUGUGGAUUCUCACCGCGGUGUUCUCCAUGUCUGCUAGCCAUGUAGGUAAGGGUAGGGCACUUUUAAUUUAAAUGACUUCUUGCACCAUCUUGCCUAAUGGACUAGAUUGGACUGUGUCAACAUUGAUUUCCUCCACUUUUUAUGCCUUCCAUUGUGAUGACGUCAAACACAGUGAAAGCCUUCAGUCAUGCUUAUGGGAUUUAAUUGUGUAUCCUCAUUACUGUAUCAUUUGUGGGGUACACCCCUCCCCCUUUUUUAAAUUAAACACAGCUCAUUCUUACUGUGGCUUGUAGCAUUCCUCCUCUUCUGGCCUCCUGGACUCCUCCCCUCCGUCUCUCUCACCCCUGCCCCUCCACCCAGUCUUGGUGGUGGUAUAUUAAAAAAAGAAAGAACGAAAGCACACAAAACGAGUCAGUUUGGGGUCAGUGGUAAAGGGGGUAUAUGUUGCGAACAAAUGUUUUAAAUAACAGUUGGCUGUAAUCACUCCUUGCCGUGUCUGGCACCGAAAAUAAGGAAAAAAAAAUACUACUACUGAAUAAAAGUGACAAAGAAUGGAGAA